GAACCACGACCGCUCACAGCCGCAUCCAACACAAGGGGGCGUGAGAUCAGACUAUAAAUCCUACAUGUUGGCCACGCCCAUUAUAAGGCACUGGCUGAAUCCCAAUGGUUCCCUACAUCAUCUGCAAGUGCACUAAAUAGGAUAUAAAAUGCAGCUAUUUCUAGAAAAUAUGCAGGACGUUAUAUACCUAAUUAGGAGUUGUUUGGCCUUUAUUAGCCUGCCUUACGAGAAUGCGAUCUACAUAAUGCAUAAAAUGUCGGGUUCUGCCCUUUAUGUAGUGCACUAUAGAUCUAAUAAGGAGGUGUUUGGUAUUGAACCAUAACCUGUAUUAAUGUCGCGGCGUGAAGCGGGUGAGAUGUUGAGGAGCAGAAUGAGGAGCUUCUUCUCAUCUCCUCUGUACAUUCAGAGGCACCAGUUUGUGAUUGAGUUUAUUAAAAAGUCCAGACCCAGAACGGUGUUGGAUUUAGGAUGCUGUGAAUGUUCCCUGCUAAGAAAACUCAGAUUUCAUCGCCACGGUGUAGAAUUACUGGCAGGAGUGGACAUCGACUCAGCCGCGAUCCGACAAAACAUGUAUGCUCUGGCUCCACUCAUGUCUGAACACUUACAGCCAGAUGCCAGACCACUUACAAUCAAGCUUUAUCACGGCUCCAUCACAGAAACAGAGCCGUGUACCAAGGGCUUUGAUCUGAUCACCUGUAUUGAAGUCAUGGAGCACCUUCAGCUUUGGGAAGUGGAGAGGUUUUCAGAGGUUUUGUUUGAAUACAUGCAGCCACGUACUGUCAUAAUAAGCACGCCGAAUGCAGAAUUCAAUCCUUUAUUACCAGGAGUAACAGGCUUCAGACACAACGACCACAAAUUCGAGUGGACCAGAGCACAGUUUCAAGCUUGGGCCGAUGGAGUUUGCAAGAAAUAUGGUUACUCAGUAGAGUUCACAGGAGUAGGAGAGACUCCUGGGGAGAUCAGGGAUGUCGGAUUCUGCUCCCAGAUUGGAGUUUUCCAAAGAGCUGGUGAUUUAAAUGCACAAAGGAACAACACCGAGGAGGAGCCUACAGUAUAUCAACUGCUCUACAGGGUCACUUACCCAAGCCUCUGUGACAACAAUAUCUUCCAGAGGACUCUAGUUAGUGAGGUCCUGUACCGAGCUGAGCAGCUGAAGAAGGAGUGGCUGGGGGGUCAGGAAGGUGAGCAGUGGGAUUUUACCUCCUGUAAACUCAUGCUACCAUCUGAAGAAGCAAGGCAGGCAAGGGAGGAAGAGGAGGUGUACAGGCAAGAGAGUUGGAUCUGUGUACCACUUCUGCGUGUGUGGUCUGGUUCAAAAGUGCAAGCUCUGUGCAGCAAUAUCCAGCAACUUCGAGCCACACUGUUGGUGGACUUGCGAGUGCAGCUAGAUGCUGACAGAAAUGCCAUAAUGCUGCCUGAUGAUUAUGAAGAGGAGGAAGACCAAGAGGAAAUGGAUGAGGGUGAGAAGGCAGAACGUGUGUCAAGGUCUGUGAAUGAACAUGUAGAGGAGGACUGGGAAAGUGAACUUUGAUUAUUUCUUAGGUUACGGAUAUCAGUAACAAUGGAAGUAUAACACCUAGCACUCACUGGCCCUCUAGUCAGGUUUACCUUCCAUAUAGGACAAUAAAUACAAUUAUUGACUGGCCAAUAAGUAAUGUAAAAUUUAUCAGCUACCCUAACAACAGAGGGAAAUAACAGUUGUUUAUUUUUGUUCCGUUCUGUUGAGUAAAUUUCUUUAUAUGAAUCUCUUAUUAGGUAAUUUACGCAUUCUAAUAUUUAGUUCCAUAGUGUGGAAGUGCUCUUCUCUAUUUUGAUGAUGUGAUGGUGCAGGAACAACAUGGACACUAACAGUCUGUAUCUGAUCGAAUUAUGGGAAACACUCACAGUGGAUAUAAAAAGUCUAUGCACCCCUGUUCAAACUGCAGGUUUUUGUAACAGAAAAAAUAAAACCAAGAUAAAUCAUGUCAGAUCUUUUUCCACCUUUAAUGUGAUUGUAGCAACCAACACAAUUCAAGUGAAAAAAUUUUUUUAAGGGGGAAUAACUGGUUGCACCAGUGUGUACACCACCAUGCUUCACCGGGGGUAUGGUGUUCUUUGGGUGAUAAACUCUCGUUUUUGUGCCAAACAUAUCUGUUUUUAGAAUUAUUCACAAAAAGUUCUACCUGGCCUCAUCAGAAGAUUAACUCUAAGUCUCAAAUUUUAGGCUGUAGGUCUCUUGGCAGACUCCCUGAGAAGUUUUGUUUUUUUCAUUUUUUUAUGUCCUGUACUUGGUGAUGUCACUGUGGUGCUCCAUCUUCUCCACUUGUUGAUGACUGCCUUCACAGUGUUCUAUAAUACAUCUAAUGUUUUGAAGAUUCUUUUGUACCCCUCUCCUGAUCAAUACCUUUCGACAGUGAGAUCCUGUACAUGCUUUGGUCAGCUCUUUGAGGACCAUGACUUCAGGAGUUGGGCAAAACCCAGAUGAUGGGAAGAAACUCCUACAGAAACAGCAGUUUUUUAUUUGGGGUUAAUCACAAUAAUUUCAUUGAUGACAGCUCUAUGAUAAUUCCUUCUAAACACAAGUUUGAAUAUGAUUGCACUCAGAAUGAACCAGUCACAUGACCCAUAACAAAAUUACAAAUGCUCCAUUGCUUAUGCAACCAGGUUAUUCUAAGUUUAUCUUCCCUAAACCACAUGAGAGAGGGAGAGAUCUGACAUGAUUGAUCUUGGUUACAUUAAAAAAAAAAAAAAAAUUACAUCAUAGUUAUGUUGAACUUAUAUAUUAGUUUAUGUUCUGUUGUCAAGCA